AUGCGAGUACCCUACGAUCCGAUCCUUCCACUACACGCACGACUGCGCAGGGAGCGAGCGCGCCCCCCAGCUCCAGUCCAGCUCGAUGGAAAUCUCUACGACGUGAUGGGCGUGAGCCCCUCGAACGAACUACUCCUGCGAGACCAGCGCGCUGUGCACCAGGACAUGCGCAUAGAGCAAUUCGCCGGCCGUCCUGCGAUUUUGGAUGAUGUGCCGUGGCGUGUUGUAUCGCUGGAAGCUGCACCGGAUAUGCAUAUGCUAGACACAACGCUGCAACUGAUUAACCCGCGAGAUCCGCCGUCGAGGUUCACGGUGGCCAGUGCUGAUCUGACGCGGGUGUUGUUUCCGAGUGAGAAUGGCUUGCAUGUUCUGGGGCCGUUGAAGCAUGGGAUUAUACGGAUGGAAUCUAUGGUACCGCGGACGGAGAAGCGGAUGCCACUGAGCUGUGGCGAUCGGUUCGAGGCUCGACUCCGUGGAUCUGAGCUGGACGGUCCGUAUAUGAUCAGGGUGGGAGAUGGUGGCCAGCUGGUUGCUACUGGUAUACCUUAUAACGGGUCUGAGCGGAGUAUUGCAAUUGACCCAGCCCAAGUUGCACCGCGCUAUGAGAGCGUGAUGUCUCUUGACUUCGAGGCGAGCUUUGACGUCGAUGCUUUCUUGUUCCGAGAAGACGAGCUGCGUGGCCAGGCCACGAUUGUUGGGAGAAGACGGAAUGGCAGAUGCUCGCUGGAUCCGCUGCUGGGGAGCCUGCCUCCUGGCACAUUCCCUCUAUUGACCAACGGUGCCGAGCAUCUCGCCGUGUUUGAACGGUUCAUUCGGGACCAUGCGCGGCCUGGGGUGGACAGCGACGGUACACCUCGCAGGCUGACCGUGUUCAACCUGUCAAUGAGCAACCAGGGCGAUGCGCGCCCUGUUCUCAACGCGCUGAUAGACUUUCGAAUCCAGAACCCCGACGCUGAGAUGUCGAUUGUUGCGUCGAAGCUCGGACCGACCGAGUUCCAGGAAUCCCCCGAGUAUCACCUGUAUUUAAAAGUCCUCGCUGAUAACGAUAUCCAUGUGAACAUGUUUACUACGCCAGCCGGUGGACCACGCCAGGUCAUGCACGCCAAGGGCAUCAUCAUCGACACCCAUGUGCUCUUCAGCACCGGAGCCCGGUACACAGACGAGGCUAUCCACGAGGACGCAACGGACGAGCGUCGCGCCGAGCUGGCAUCCGAACUCGCGAGUCUCGGAGUCGUCAUAAACGACCCAGUCGCCGGCCUGACGUAUAUCAGCCGUGCCCAGGACGCCCUUAUUCGAGGCGCCUCGCGACAGUUGAUGGUCAGCAUCUCCGAGCUCGUCGACCCCAGGGUAACGCAGACGCUGAUCGACCGCGCCGCGAACGGCGUGGACGUACAUCUGCAAGUCCGCGAAGUCGACUCUACAUCGGCGCGACUUCUCACAGAUGCUCUUCUGAAGUAUCCGCAGAACCUACGCGUCGAGGACACGAGCUGGUGGGAGCCGCGGCCGCAUUUCAAUACCAUCGUCGCGGACGGGGAUACGGCGUACCUUGGGACUUCGUAUCUAUGGCCGACGCAGUGCCAUAUGGUGCACCAGGGUCGGUCGUUGGAGAAUGGUGUGCUGCUCCAGGGUGAUGCUACGGCGAGUGUGCUUAUGCAGCUUGACCAGCUGCGGGCCCGGGCUUAUGGCAAUGAGGAUAUUUGCCCGGUGUCUGUGGAUGAGGCGUUGGAUGCGUGGAGGGUGCAGCGGGGUAUAACCAAGCCCUGUAUCUUUCCCAAGUAUACCAUCUGUCUGGAGGCGUGGCCGUCGUUAACGGGGAGUCAGACGCUGGCUGUUUGA